GAGUGUUGGGAACAGUUUUCUUUUCAUAUUAGAUUUGGAGAUGUUCUUAGACCACUUGACUCCACCUCCACUGCUAAGUGUAACAGUGAAAAACUUGGAAAGAACGCCCAACAUGAAGUGACACCCCUAUAUAGAUACUAAGAUGCAGGGCUAUGCUAAGCAAAGCAACUAGACAACCGACAUACAUGUUGUUUAUAAGUUCUUACCUUAUUUGGCACUCAUGAGCGUCAUGGUCAUGGAUGCUUUUCUGCUUAAAACUCUUUUUUCAGGCAUUCUUGCCCUGUUAGUAUGUGCCUUGUUCCAUCAAUUUAAGAAAACACUUGGUACCAACACUAAGAUCUGUAGUGCACCACAAGCCGCAGGUGCAUGGCCAAUUAUUGGCCAUUUGCACCUCUUCGGGGAUCAUCAACUUACACACAAAACACUUGGGAUGAUGGCUGAAAAACAUGGACCAAUUUUCACCAUAAAACUUGGUUCAUACAAAGUUCUGGUAUUGAGUAGCUGGGAAAUGGCGAAGGAGUGUUUUACUGUCCAUGACAAAGCAUUCUCCACCAGGCCCUGUGUUGCAGCCUCAAAGCUAAUGGGCUACAACUAUGCCAUGUUUGGAUUCACUCCUUAUGGUUCCUACUGGCGUCAGGUUCGGAAACUAACUACCCUAGAGCUUCUUUCUAAUAACAGGCUUGAGCCACUUAAGAACACAAGAACACUUGAGUUGGAUGCUGCAAUAAGGGAGCACUACAAGUUAUGGUCAAGAGAAGGUUGUCAAAAGGGAGGGGUUUUGGUUGAUAUGAAGCAGUGGUUUGGAGAUUUGACGCAUAAUAUUGCUCUCAGAAUGGUGGGAGGAAAGACAUAUUGUGGGGUUGGAGAUGAAUCUGCAGAAGGUGAAACAAGAAGGUAUAGGAGGGUUAUGAGAGACUGUGUACGUUUGUUUGGGGUGUUUGUGCUGUCUGAUGCAUUUCCGUUUCUGGGGGGGUUAGAUAUCAAUGGAUAUGAAAAGGAUAUGAAGAGAACUGCAAGUGAAUUGGACACUCUAGUUGAAGGGUGGCUGGGGGAACACAAAAGAAAGAGAGCAUUGAGUACGAACGGCAAGGAUGAACAAGAGGAUUUCAUGGACGUGAUGCUAAAUGUUUUGCAGGGUGCUCAGAUUUCUGGUUAUGAUUCAGACACCAUCAUCAAGGCUACUUGCCUGAAUUUGAUUCUAGCAGCAACUGACCCCACCAUGGUCACGCUAACAUGGGCGCUAUCUCUGCUACUUAACCAUCAAAAGGAACUUGAAAGAACCCAACACGAACUGGACAAUCUUAUUGGGAAGGACAGGAAAGUAGAAGAAUCUGACAUAAAGAAGUUAGUGUACCUCCAAGCAGUGGUGAAGGAAACUCUGCGCCUGUAUCCACCAAGUCCCAUUAUCACCCUUCGUGCAGCCAUGGAAGACUGCACCUUUUCAUGCGGCUAUCACAUUCCUGCUGGCACACAACUAAUGGUGAAUGCUUGGAAGAUCCACCGGGAUGCUCGUGUUUGGAGUGACCCUCACGAUUUCAAGCCUGAGAGGUUCUUGACAAGCCACAAAGAUGUUGAUGUAAAGGGUCAGAACUAUGAGCUCGUCCCUUUUAGUUCUGGAAGACGAGCAUGCCCCGGGGCCUCACUUGCUUUGCGUAUGGUGCACUUAACUUUGGCUCGACUUUUGCACUCUUUCAAUGUUGCUUCUCCUUCAAAUCAAGUUGUUGACAUGACAGAGAGCGUUGGACUCACAAACUUAAAAGCAACCCCACUUGAUGUUCUCCUAACCCCACGUCUAGACGCCAAGCUUUAUGAGGACUAGAUUAUAUUAAGUUAGCUUUCUCAAAAUAAGGGCAGGAAGCCUCUAGGUUCUGAAAUCGGGGCUCUCCAUCUUUUAAUAACAAUAACAUGUUUAAUUAACUAGCACUUUCUUAUGAUAACUUGAACAAUUUGUAGUACUCUGAUAAUUCUGAACUUUUAGAGAAGAAAAAAUACUUAUGCUUGAA